GGCGGAGUCGCUUCAGUCGGAUUUUUACUACUAGCUGACGGUGGACUUUCAUCUCGAAGCUCUCUGAUUUCUCCUCAAGAAUUAUCCGUUUGGAGGAACGAUCGUUCGAAACGUGCGAUUUCGCGUAUAACCCAACGGUUCGGUACAGUGAGAGUCGCGUUCGGCCGCGGGACGUCGUCGUGAAAUAUGUGGUUAUCGUGCUCUUGUUAACUCGCACGGUGCUCGCCAUCUUAGUCUGUCAUCAAACCCGCAAGAAUAAAAGUUCAGUGGUUCGUUCUAUCCUCCGUCGAGGACUUAUCGCAGAACGAGAGGCUCGACAAAAGUUCCUCCGCAUUGUGAAGAUCGUACCGCGGUGUAAAUUCGUGACAGGGAUCGGUCUGUCCUCGGUGUGAGCAUCGAGGUAUCCUGCCGUCCGCCAGGAAAGUGGGAUGAUACACUGAACAGGGGGAACAAUUCCUGCGUGGACCGUUCACAAGGAAUCCUUGGGAACGGUCUGGUGCACGGGGCACUCCUCUACGAAUGAAUGCACAUGGCACUUACAAGUUGCAAGUUACGUUCCGUCGUCAUGCCGUGAGUCAUCGAGUUACCGCAGACCCCUCGCUCCUCUUUGCAACGAGAAGGAUCGCAAAAAUGAUUCUCACAGAGAACUCUUAGAACUCCAUUACGAAUCGAUUAGAAGACGGCUGAUUAUCGAGGCUUCUUAAUACUCUCCUCCUAACGAUUCUCGUUCGGUAAAGGCAAAAAGAUAGAGAACAUUGGUAGAAUGACGGCCAUGACGCAGGAAGAAAUUAUGGCUGGUGCCAAGAUCGUGGCCCAAGGUCUGCAAGCCCUCCGAACCGAACACGGGGGGCUCUUGCAGGCCUUGCAGGCCCAGGACGCACCGAUCGCAAGGGACAAAGCCAGUUUGCUGUCGAAGAACAUCGAAAUGAUACAAUUGGGUCUCGACGAGGCGGAGGUCAUGAUAGCUCUUGCGAACCACUUGCAAGCGGUGGAGGCCGAGAAGCAGAAACUCAGAACGCAAGUGAAGAGGUUGUGCCAAGAGAACGCCUGGUUGAGGGACGAGUUAGCUGGUACGCAACAAAAAUUGCAAGCCAGUGAACAAGCGCUAGCCAAAUUAGAAGUAAAGAAGGAACACAUAGAUUUUAUGGAGAGCAUGAAACAGUACGAUCCUGAUCCACCUGCGGACGAUGAGAAUGCUAAAGACAGGCCGCCGGACGAUCCGAUGGUCGAUCUGUUCCCGGACGACGAUGCGGACGACCGAAACAGUAAGUCGAUAUCACCGACUCCGCCGUCGCAGUUUGCACAACAGGUGAACGCUGGAUACGAAAUACCUGCACGUUUGCGCACACUGCACAAUUUGGUGAUACAAUACGCGAGUCAAGGCCGGUACGAGGUGGCCGUACCUCUGUGCAAGCAGGCGCUGGAGGAUCUCGAGAAGACCUCCGGUCAUGAUCAUCCGGACGUCGCCACGAUGUUGAACAUCCUCGCGUUGGUGUACAGAGAUCAGAAUAAAUACAAAGAGGCGGCGAACUUGUUGAACGACGCGUUGGCCAUCCGCGAGAAGACUCUUGGCGAGAACCACCCGGCGGUCGCCGCGACGUUGAACAACCUCGCCGUUUUAUACGGGAAGCGUGGGAAGUACAAGGAGGCUGAGCCGUUGUGCAAACGCGCCCUGGAGAUCCGAGAGAAAGUUCUUGGUCGCGAUCAUCCGGACGUGGCGAAACAGUUGAACAACCUCGCGUUGCUCUGCCAGAAUCAGGCUAAGUACGAGGAGGUCGAACGCUAUUACUCGCGGGCGUUGGAGAUCUACGAACAGAAACUUGGCCCGGACGAUCCUAACGUCGCCAAGACGAAGAACAAUCUCGCGUCGUGUUACUUGAAGCAGGGCAAGUACAAGGACGCAGAGGUUCUGUACAAGCAGGUGUUGACGAGAGCGCACGAAAAAGAAUUUGGUGCUAUCGCCGGCGACAACAAGCCCAUCUGGCAGGUCGCGGAGGAAAGGGAAGAAAAUAAGCAUAGAAACAAAGAGAAUGCCCCGUACGGAGAAUACGGAGGCUGGCACAAAGCUGCCAAGGUCGACUCGCCUACAGUUACGACUACUCUAAAAAAUCUUGGUGCAUUAUACCGAAGACAAGGCAAAUACGAGGCUGCCGAGACUCUCGAAGAUUGUGCUCUCAGGUCACGAAGAGAGCAGACAUUAGAGUUCGUGAAGCAAGGGAAAGUAGCGCAGAUUUUAGGCGACGAGAAGGGGUCGACGAGACGCGGGUCGCGGUCCAGCUUGGCCAACAGCGAACACGAGCAACACGAGGAGGGCUCGCUGCCGGUGGUACAAAGGGCGCUACACGAGGGACAGUCCGGCCACAACGACGCUAGUCCUAACAAACCCGGUUUAAAAAACAAGCUAUUCCAAGCUUUCGGGAUUCACUCCUCCACGUAGGAUCUAUAUCCUUCACCUUUAAGUAGUAUUUCCCUGUCGUUUCGUUUACGCCGAAAUCGUACGAUAAUUCUCGGUGCACGAAGCGCGUCGAGAGUCUCCGCAAGGUGUGCCAAGUUACCUUUCGCAACGUAAUAGGAAUCGCGGAUCUUCACUGAUAUUCCUAUUUAACUUGCAGAACACCUUGUACUUAUAGGCUGAGAAAUCAAUUAUUUAAGAAUGAAACCGUACGAUCGUUUUGCAGUACGCGUUAGGUUUAGGUAUACAUAUUUAAAAAUCGAGUGUGACCCAACCACGCUGAGGAAUUAAUUCUCGAGACGAUUCCUUCUGAAUGCAAGCAUUUAUAGAAGUGUAUAGUUUUUUUCUUUUGGAAGGACUGGGCGUCCGGCAAUUUUCUGGGCAUAAUACCGUUUUCUCUCGCGAUUCUCGCGUAUCCUCUACGGAAAGCACUGCAUAAUAGCACAUUCUUUUAUUACGUUUACUGUAAACCUUGAUAAACCGUUUGUUGCUAAUUCCAUUUGACUGUCUCCAAGAAUACGUCGAAUAACAGCUUCUUACGAUUGAUUUUCACUUUGCAAGCUGUGAUAACGUCGCCCUAUGAUCAGUUUGUGUAAACGUAUUCGAAAGGAAAACCCGAAUUCGGUUUCAGGUGCUUUCUACGAAGCAUUUUGUUUUUAUCACUUUCCAUUAUUUAUCUGUAAUUAUUAUUAUUGACUAUUUAAAAAUCUUUACGCUUGUAUUAUACACGAUCGUAUUAGAAAGCAUUAGAGACGAUGAGCUUCCAGAUUCUCGUAAUGAAAUUGCAUAAACGAGUUUCACUCGUGACUAAAUCGUUGCCAAGUGAAACGUGUAUCGUUUGUUUUUUAACGUCGGAACUAGCAUUCUUUGUAAGCCAGAACACCGUGAAAUCACGCACACGAAUUAUUUGUAGGUAGCCAUUUUUUGGUAGCAACAGCUUUUGCUUAACUAUAUAGUAUCGGUAUAGAUUCGCAAAGGUGACAGUUUUGUAAUGUGCGAUGAAGAUGCACCGAUUUCUUCCUGUAACGUAUUGUCCCCGCGACGUUUUAACAUAUGACUUUUACCCGUUUCUCAGUUUUAACGCAAGAGAAAACAUUUUGCUUCGAGCUUCGAGAUGAAUCGAGUCAUCGAACUCUUUCCACUCUUUAUUUAAUUGUAAUUAACACGCGUUUCAUUGUACAUUCUUUGUUUCUCUUUUCGAAGAGGAGAAACUUUUUAUUCAGGUUAGGGAGACGUUUUAUAAUAGUACUGGCAGGAUCCGAGGUGCCUCGAAUUAUCAUUUUUAUUCGUUACGGGAACUAUUAAUUAUUUGAGAAUUAAGAAUAUAGCCUGUGCAAUUAAUUCACUGUCUUAUACAUAUACAUAUACAUACACAUAUAUAUAAAAUUAUAUAUAAUUUUUAUUCGCAUGAUAGAACGUUUUUUAAGAUUUGAACUGUGCGCGGGAAAAAUUCGUGGCACCUCGUAUCCCUCUUAUUCUUCUUUAAUUAAUUUUAUACUGCGUUUGAAAAUUCGAACUUUCCGAUCGGACGAAAAAGAAGGAUUGAAGAGACAAGAUUGUUAAAUGCUGAAACUGGAUUAUUAAUAAUAAGUAGUGCCUUGAGACUUGAACGAGCGAUCGAAUAAAUUAUUUUCUAACUGUGAACAUGGUCUCCUCCCAUCGAUCGAUCGUCGUCGUAAGAUCGCCCUGCCACCGUCCUCCCGUGCCUCUUGGUCCCAUUCUUCUUUCACUCGUCAUUGACAAGGCCUCGUGAAACGUAUGGGAAUGCGCGUAAGAACAAGUUUGCAUUUAUUAAUAUUCCUCGCACGCUGUUUGUGUCUCUUAACCAGCCACCAAUUGUCAUCAGUUUUUUUUUUUCGAUAUCUGCGUUGUCGUUUUGUUUCGCUUUGAUUUGAGUAUACUCUGCGGGCCGGGACUUAGAAUAACAGGAUGUCCCUCUGGAGUACGAUUUACGUCUGGACAGCAAAAACCGGGAUGAGACUGAGAGACCGGGUCUCUUCAGCAGGGCCGGAAGUAUUCGGUUCGUGCGCAGUAAAGGACACUACAUUUACGUAAAUAAGAGAGCUAUACGCGAAACGAUACCAACAGGAUGAUAAAAGGGCUCUGCAUUGUUUGGUCGAAACAUUGGCUGACGUCCGUUUCUCUCUGGAUCGUUUAACGUAUAACGGCACAUUCCAGCUGCUUUUCUCGAUCAAUCAGACGCACCGUAAAAAAAAAUGAAGUACUCCAUGUCGCUGUUCGUGCCUCGACAAACACAAUUGUAGCUUCGUGCUAACGACUGACCAUUUCAAAUAGAAAGCAGAGAGAGAGAGAGAGAGAGAGAGAGAGAGAAAGAAAGAAAGAAAGAAAGAGAGUGAGAGAGCGAGAGCGAGAGCGAGCGAGAGAGAAACGUAAGAAUACUUGGUUCCACCCUGCUUCGAAACGUGUAUCUGAAUCAAAAAAAGAAAAGAAAAAAAGAACAUCCCACCAUUGCAUUCCUUCGCCUGCUGAAUCAAAGAACAUUGGUCGAGUUGACCAAAGAAGAAGAACCGUGAUGUAUUCAAUCUUCUCUUCGUGUUGUACAGAAAAAAGCGAACGAACAGUUUCCUUCUCAAAAGCAUUGCGUCCAUUAAUGCAUCCACGCGCAAAACUGAUCGAUCCGUAUAUACAUAUCCCUUCGUUCAGAGGUCGUAACUCGCUACAGCUUGAAACUUCACGACGAUCCCGGAAUCCCAGAUGCUCAGACAUUUCUUUUUGAUCGAGUCAUCUAUUUUUUAUAAAUCCAACCGCGAGUCGAACAGGAGGAUCGCGGAAGUGAGAUUUCAAGGAGUUACGAACACCAUCUCCGGUAUCGCGCUGAUCAUUACACCGUCACGUUGAGGAUGAUGCGACACACGCGUAAUCAUUCCACGAGCCACCCAGCUUGUCGCUCGAGAGAGAAAGAGAAAGAGAAGGAGCAGAGGUGAUUCACGUUUGAAAACGUCGCUUAGCAUUAUUGUAUUCUCACACAUACAUUAACACGAAGGACACCAUUACACCGUGCACGUUAGAAUAAGGCGAGUAUACUCAUUGUCAUAAUUGAAAAAAAAAACACAGUGUAACGAAGCAAAAGAGUCUUGGGAGUCUUCGAGUCGUGAACCGCGUAUAGUGGAAGUCGCUCCGUUCUAUUCUUUUUCCUAUCUGUAAUCCCGUUUAAGUACUUAUAUUACGUACUUCUUACGACUAUUUAAAUUAUUCUAAGUUUGAACCGUUUUGUCAUCUCCUUUUUAACGAGCAUCCAAUGGGCGAGUGCAAAAAUUCAUUCGAUUCGAGAAUUAUGAAAAUGUCAACAGAUUCGUUAAAUUAUUGCAUGCUGCCCGAUAUAUGUAUAAUGUAAUUUAUUCUCUGUCUAUUUAUUUGUAUUCUUUAUUAUUUAAAUAAAAAUAGAGGAACCAGUAGAAUUUUUGCAUUCACCUGACGCGUCCACGUAACGUUACGUUGUAUUAUAAUUUCGUUCGUUUAAAUUAUUUUAGAAGUUUACUUCUCGCCUUUAAUCGAGUCCUUUUCGCAGUGGUCAAGACCAAGGAUCGUAGUGUGACCGGCUGUGAAUUGAAAUCGAGGUAUCGUUUCCGCGCUGAUCGACGAUCAUUUGAAUUAGUCGAGUCCUCUCGUUCAAGUUAGAUCAAGAAACAGUUGAAGCAAUACUGAGAAAUCAAUCAUGAAACGAUUGAAACAUGAAUUCCAUCGGACUGGCCCAAUUCAAACGACAUCGAAUUACAGCCUGUACCGCGUGCGAUUUCCGGUUGCGAGACGAGUUUCGUUUUUGAGAUCCUUCGUCGUUACCUCCUUCAUUUUUACAGUACACGUUUUACACAUUAAUUUCCACGUGUAUUCUCAUUACCCCGAAGGGACAUGCAUUUUACAUACGAAUAAUCUGCGCCUGAGAGCUUGAAGGCCUAGAACUAGCUUUUACUUUCUCGCCUCUUGAUCACCUUUGACUGAACUUUAUUCGUUCCUUUAUGUUUUUUAAUUAGAAGCACAAAGUAACCGCGAGAUGAGCAAUAAUUUCGCCUAUACUGGUGUUCUCGAGAGUCUAGGACCAUCCCGCGCAGCUUAAAAGGUGAUGGGGGUCGCAGCGAAUUCUCUCCACACGGUUCAGUAUACACGGUAAAGCAUUGAGAUGCACAGAACGAUCAAAAAUUGAACUGUGCCAGGUCCUAGACUCUUGAGAACACGAGUAUAGAUUUUUACCUUCGAGCACCGUACGUAUUAACGCACAUCUUGCACCAGGUCUUGAUUUCUUCUUUGCUUAUACGCGACUGUAACACGGAAUUGUAAUAAUUUGCUCGCUCGUCGAUAUUUAAGAACUGAAGUGAUGCUUUAGAUAUAUAUAUAUAAUUAAUUACCAUUGCAACAGUAAUUGUGAAAAAUUUUAAUAUCGUAACUGCGAUGAAUUGUGAUAAAUAGUAGUUAUAUUGACUGAGCAACGGUGAUAUAUACGUCGAUAACAAUUCGAAUUGGUGUAAGAUAUUAGAACGAGAUCGGUCUCACAACGAACGUUCUUUUUCUACUUGGAAAAACCCGCGAUUUUUAAUUGACCAGACGGUUUUUAAACGCAUGUCAAAAAUUUUGUAAUGCACGUUUGGCGAGCGGCAGGAGACCCGUGACGUAUUCAAUAUUUAAUUUAAGCUUUUAUUAUUUAUUUACGUUCGUUCGCAUGGAACAGAUGGUAUCACCCGUUUUUUCCUAUAUUUCGUUCGAAGCGAGCACCGAACGGGCUGCGAACCGAUGAUCUACCUUAAAUUUCGAGGAAUAAAUGUGAUAUAGUAUUAGACGAUAAGAUUUAGCGUCCACUGGUAAACGUUGAACGUAGUCGCUUUAUUCCGUAGUCAGCCUCACGAAUUUUGUUCAAGUAUUGCAGCUCUCAGGUGCAAGUACUAUUGUAAGUUUUGAUUUAUAAUAAAUAUUUCCACUUGUAAUCCCUGUUCAACUCCUCCGCGUCGAAGACCAUGAAAUUACCUAUUUAUUGUGAUAAGAACUUAGCAUUGUACUCUCUGCCUUCGGAUUUUAUUAAAAUUUCGUUGCUAAGAAA